AUGAGUCUACAGAAGUUCGUCAACCCAGCAGGGAUAGUAGUACGUCCAAUGCUAGAUCGACCAGAAAUACACGCGAGAGAAGAAGAUUGGACGGGGAUAACAAGUACGGCAAUGCGGCGAAAGCUGCAGAAUAGAUUGAACCAGAGAGCUAAACGACGACGAGCACAAGCACGGCCACAAGAAUCGGCCGCCACUGGAGAAAUGGAAGAAGGAUAUGAUAUAUCAAUGGAAGUAACCCUAAUCCAACGAAGCGGCCGCGGCUCGAAUAUCUGCAUGGAGCCACGGAAGCGCAAAUGGGUAAUCAGCGCCAGUGAUUUCGCGUCGUUCCUGCAUCCAAAGACAACCCUAUCUCUGGAUCACAAGCUCCUUACACUCAUGCAUUUCAAUCUCGUCCGUGCGCUGACACGGAUAACGUUGCUGCUCGGCGUGGAUCCCGAUGACAUGCAUCUGGACAUCGAAUCGCCGUUCCACUCCACUGCAUCAAGCUUGUCGAUAUCCGAACUACCGCCAAGUCUCAGACCUACGGAGAUGCAGCUUACGGUGCCGCAUCACCCGGAAAUAGACAUCUUUCCGUUCCCCAGGAUUAGGGAUAAUAUGAUCGCAGCUAUCGAUGUCUUGGACGAUAUGGAGCUUUGUCAGGACAUAGCGUUUGGCGUGGAUGACCGAUCUGGCGAACGUCGGGGUGUGGACCAGGGAGACUGCGCGGAAAUUGAUCAUAGUAGAAGAACGGGACUCAUCGUUUGGGGUGAUCCAUGGCUCCAGUCGAGUUGGGAAGUAGAUCAGGAGUUUGCGAAGAAGUAUAAGGGUCUCUUUGAGGGGUGUGAAGAGUUGAUUCGCAGCACCAACUUUUGGCGAGAGAAAAGGGGUGAAUCACCGUUGGAUAUGAGGCAAUGA